UCAAAUUUAUAGCAUGUAUUUGUGGUUGUUACUUAAAUGCAUUAAAAACUCUGAUUGUUGCUGGUUUACUGAAGAAAUGAAAGUUCAUUUGGUGUCUAAAAAUAAAAAUCAUGUUUUUAUUGAUUACAAGGGCAAAUCGGCGAUAAUCCAGAAAAAAAGAAGAAGAAGGGAAUUGGUGUAUUUUUUCUGGAAGAGAAAUGCUUAGAAUAAGGAAAAAUGUUAACACAGUUUGCUUUUUGUGUUUAAGCUGGGAUCAUUGGGAAAUGUGUAGCUAAAUUGAGAAAGAGUGGUUAAGGUCAUGGAUUUUAGUGUUAAAAAUUUAAAUUGAAAGGGAUCAAUAUAAGGUGUGUAAGUACAUUUACUAUUAUUCCGGGCUGUUGUUUUAGACUAUGAGGUGAAGUACAUUUAAGUGGGAGGAGAAUCAUAAGGUCUCAGGUUCAAAAUCCAGCAAAACAAAUAACACUAGGUGAUUGCUUCCCAUUUGCCUAAGCCUUGGUGGACAAAGUUACUGGGUACCGGCCUGUGAAAUAGUCGAAGUGCAAGCAAGUUAGCUUGUAUAAAAAACAAAAAUGGGCAGUACGAAGUGUGUCCGUGCUAAGAAUAAAAAUGUUGCUCCGUUUGGUUCGGAGAUCUUAUGCUGCUGUUCGCCCUUUAUCGACUGAAGCUGCAACGGCAGUGAAGCCCACAAGGUCAGGAGGUGGCACUAGCACUACCACUAAUUUAGAAGGCGGCACUAGUACUGUCACACGUACUGGUGGCAGAGACACGCUAGGGAAGAGGCUUUUGAGCUUGGUCUAUGCAAAGCGUAGUGCUGUCAUUGCUAUACGCCAGUGGAAGGAACAAGGACACCCUGUACGCAAGUAUGAGCUCAAUCGCAUUGUCCGGGAGUUGCGAAGACACAAACGAUACAAACAUGCCCUUGAGGUUUGUGAAUGGAUGAGGGUACAAGAUGAUAUCCAACUAGUAUCUGGUGACUAUGCAGUUCACUUGGACUUGAUUGCAAAAGUUCGUGGUAUGAACAGCGCGGAGAAGUUUUUUGAAGACCUACCUGAUAAACUGAAGGUCCAGACCACCUGUACUGCCCUUCUCCACACCUAUGUCCAGCAUAAGGACACUGUUAAAGCUGAGUCUUUGAUGGAAAAAAUGUCCGAAUGCGGUUUCUUGAAUUGCCCUCUUCCUUAUAAUCAUAUGCUUACCUUAUACAUAUCCCAAGGGCAACUAGAGAAGGUUCCAGACCUGAUUGAGGAAUUGAAGAAAAAUACCUCUCCUGAUAUUGUCACAUACAAUCUGGAGUUGGCAAUUUUUGCAUCGCAGAAUAAUGUUGAAGCUGCCGAGAAAGCAUUCGUUGAGCUAAAGAAGGCAAAAUUGGACCCUGACUGGAUAACAUUUAGCACAUUAACCAACAUCUACAUUAAAAACUCACUUCAGGAUAAGGCAAAGUCAACUUUGAGAGAAAUGGAGAAAAGGAUUUCCAGAAAGGUUCGAUUUGCAUAUGCUUCUCUCAUUAGUUUGCAUACAAAUAUAGAGAGCAAGGAUGAAGUUUUCCGAAUAUGGAAGGAGAUGAAGUCAAUGUUCCGUAAAUUGAACGAUACAGAAUAUACUUGUAUGAUAUCUUCUUUACUGAAACUGGAUGAAUUUGGAGAAGCAAUGAAACUGUACACUGAAUGGGAAUCUAUUUCUGUGACGAAGGAUACUAGGAUUUCAAAUUUACUUCUUGCUGCAUACAUUAACAAAAAUGAGAUGGAAAAGGCUGUCGAGUUUCACAACAGAAUGCUGCAGAAAGGCAUAUCUCCUAGCUACACCACUUGGGAGCUUCUUACAUGGGGUUAUUUGAAGCAAAAGGAAAUGGAUAAAGUUCUCGGAUUUUUCAAAAAAGCUGUUACUAGUGUUUCAAAAUGGGAUCCUGAUAAAAAGAUGGUUCAAGAGAUGUUUCAUAUAGUUGGAGAGCAGGGCAACAUUCAAGUGGCAGAACAGUUGCUAGUUGCCCUUCGGCAUGCUAAAUAUGUGAAUACAGAGAUAUAUAAUGCACUUCUCCGAACUUAUCUGAAUGCGGGUAAGAUGCCAAUGAUAGUUGCAGAGAGGAUGAAAAAGGAUAAUGUGAAGAUGAAUGAGGAGACUCAAAAGCUAAUUGGAUUAACUAGCAAGAUGACUGUAACUGAGGUUCCAGAUGGUGUUGCUUAAGAACAAGGCUGGACUUACAACUUUGUAAAAUAUUCAGAUCUAUGCACAAGAACUUGUAUGGCAUCUACAAGCAAGAUUAAUGGAUCUAUUUUUGAGCUACUCUUCUAGCAAUUACAGUUGUCUUCUUAGAUAGUUUUACUUUGUUAUGCCUCCCAUAAUAGUUGUAUUUUCUAUUUAUCUCUUUGAAAUACAAAUUGAACUGGAAAUUUUGUCCAUUCAAAAUUUUCGAACCAUGAUAAGCUCUUCAAGAAAUAAUUAAAUCUCUUUUAGUUA